CACGGGGCAGUAUACUCCCUGACACGGAGGAGAGGGGCUGUAAGAGGAAACAUAGGUCCACAUAGAGAGAAGCAGUCAGCGGAUCCAGAUGAGCGCUGACACAAACUACACUGCGGGCUCCGGGCCGGACCCCCUGAUCAUCCUCCUUUGACUCUCUCAGCUUUUCAUACAGGCCUAUCGCCAUGGUGCUUGGCAAGGUCCGCGCUCUGGCCAUCUACUUCGACACUCUGAAUGAGCACAACCUGCCAGCCUACUCCGGCGGGGACCUAGUGUCAGGGCGCGUGGUCGUGGAGGUCACGGGUGAUGUCCGGGUAAAGAGUUUGGACAUCACGGCCAGAGGAGUGGCUAAGGUGCGAUGGACUGAGUCUCGCAAUGCGGGAGCCAACACGGCGUAUACUCAGAACUACACGGAGGAAGUGGAAUACUUGCAUCACUAUGACACCUUGAUCGGAGAGGAUCGAGAUGCAGAUUGUCCCGAGGAAGGCCUGACUGUUCUACACCCUGGAUUGCAUGAGUUUGCAUUCAGCUUCAAUCUGCCUCAAAUGGCCUUGGCCACUUCCUUUGAAGGGAAGCAUGGUAGCGUGAAGUACUGGGUGAAAGCCGAACUGCACCGGCCAUGGCUGCUCCCUGUCAAAGCCAAGAAAGAGUUCAUUGUGUUCGAGCACAUAGACAUCAACACUCCCCUGCUGCUGGCUCCACAGGCAGGUACCAAGGAGAAGACGCUGUGCUGCUGGUUCUGUGCGUCAGGACCCAUUUCUCUCAGUGCUAAGAUAGAGAGAAAAGGCUACACACCAGGUGAGUCCAUCCAAAUCUUUGCCGAGGUGGAGAACUGCUCAUCCCGGGUUGUGGUUCCAAAAGCAGCGCUCUAUCAGACGCAGACAUUUUAUGCCAAGGGCAAGGGCAAAGAAAUUCAGCAAUUGGUGUCCAAUCUGCGAGGAGAUCCUCUACCUCAGGGCAAGAGCCAGAGCUGGGAAGGGAAAAUGCUUAAGAUCCCUCCUGUGUCCCCCUCCAUCCUGGAUUGUCCCAUCAUCAAAGUGGAGUAUGUACUCAUGGUGUAUGUGGAUAUUCCCGGGGGGCUAAAUUUAUCACUGUCAUUACCAUUGGUGAUUGGGACCAUACCUCUUUAUGCCUCUGCUUCACGAACAUCCAGCAUCAGCAGCAAUUGCAGUGCUAUGAGCUGGCUGGGACUAGUGGACCCUCCUGAGGCUCCUCCAAGUUACAGCGAUCUGGCCAUAUCAGAGUCUCACAGGAGGGACUGGCUGCGUGGCUGUGAUAGGAAUGACUCAGAGGGAGAGGACCAUGGCUCUGUACUCACUUACAUCACAGAGUUCAGAUAUCUGCCCCCACCACUCUACUCUGAGGUGGAUCCGUACCCUGCUCCAGUGGAGGAAUGUGGAGGAUCUGAUGUGAGGAGGCCUGAUACAUGCCCAUCCCGCUGACAGUGGAGGAGAAAAAUGCUUUUAUACAAACUGUUGAUCACAUAUCACCGUAAAUAUGACUGCACCCUCCCUGUGCCAGGACAGUCAAAGUGAGUAUUUGGUGACCAUUGAUGUACGGACCAGGGAUUUGAAGCCACACUGGAUCCUCUCCAUCCGUCCUCUGACAUCACUAGGACAAGGUGCCCAGUGGUGGGACGUCUGCCUUACAAUGAGAUUUGCACAUACCGUAAUUACUGUUUUCUGUGGAUGUUUUAUUCAGCUUUAUAUGCUAGACUGUUCACAAAUAUUUUACUACUUUUAAAUCAUAGUGGCACAUUCACAGUGGGCUACACGUUUUCUAUGCCCAUAUGUUGGAGACGCUGGUAAUAAUUUUAGGAUGAUACCAAAUCUUUCUUUGAACAAACAGCAGUGUAAAGCAGCAGAAACAGGCCUCAUGAGAUUAAUGCUUAAUCAUUGUUUUCCAUUAAUGACCAUCUUAAGCACUUAAAGAGUAUCUUUAAGUGUUGCUUGGGGAACAGUGUUGACAAGGUCUAGAGAAAGCACAACUCCAGCCAACCGCAGGAACCAAAACUGAGUAGGGCUUUAGGGCUGGACUGUAGGCAAAGAAAUUAAAAAUCAAAGAGCUUUGUGCUUUAUAAGAUUAUAUCAAAGCAUAAAAUAUAAUGUUUACAGAUAAAUAUAUCAAAUUGAAUGAAUAUAAAACAUUUUAACAAGACUUCCUAGUACUUCACAAUACCAAGUGCAAUAUAUUUUUGUAUGUGAUUUUUUGCACUAGUUUUUUCUUAUACCUUUUUGCUGUUUCUUCCAUUUUGUGAAUUAUAUUAUUGUUAUCAUGAUCAAUUUUUUAUAAAUAAAGGUUUAUUUUAUAAAGUAAA